ACCUUUAGUUUUUUUGCCCGGCUACACAUUACAAGUCCUGCCCAUUGCUCCCACUGUCUGAGGCUGCGCGCGCAGUGGGAUGCAGAAGGAGUGGAGCGCGCGCGAGUGACGGAGGCGAGCAUCGAUUAUUACAUAGGUACGCUAUACUAAUCAACUCAACAACUGUUUCCCCCACUGUAUAGCCGGUGGUCACGCGAAACAUAAAUGGACGUAAACCUGUGACUCUGAAGUCGCACCUCACCGAGGCACUGAACGGGACGAAAGGCGAGACAGCGCAUUCCGAAGGGCCGGUGGGUGUUGGUCGUCAGUGGAAAAGAUGGGCACGGUGCUCUCGAUUUCCCCCACGUCCAGAAAAGGUGGGAUUCUGAAUGAGAAGACGGAUGGAGCUAGCGGCAAGACGGAGAAGAGUCUCAAGCGCCAUUCGGUGCUGAUAUCGGCUCUGACGUGGAAGCGGUUAGUCGCUGCCUCUGCCAAGAAGAAGAGUGCCAAGAAAGUGAACCCGAACCCACCCGUUUCUCAGAUCACUAAUCCAGUUGACCAGCUGAACAGCGAAAAUCUUAAGAAGUCUCAGUCAGCCUCCGAGCGCAAGACGAAGCCUGGGCCACUCGCAGUGCCAGUCCCUACAGUACCGGAUAAAAGCCUUCGAUCCAGUCAAACCCAGAAUGCAUCCCAGAACGGAAAGCAGGUCCUGCCGGUCCAGCGGCAACCGAGCAGCCGCUCCAUCAUCUCGCCUAGACGAGUCAUCGUGCAAGCCUCCACAGGAGAGCUCCUUCGCUGCCUGAGCGAGUUCAUGUGCAGGAGGUGCUACAAACUCAAAGAGCUUAGCCCAAAUGAGAUCAUCCUGUGGUUCCGAAACGUCGACCGGUCGCUGCUCAUCCAAGGCUGGCAAGACCAGGGUUUCAUCACUCCCGCCAACUUGGUGUUCGUCUACCUGCUCUGCCGGGAGGCGGUGACCGAGGAUAUUUCCAGCGAGUACGAGCUGCAGGCCACCUUUCUCACCUGCCUCUACCUGGCUUACUCUUACAUGGGCAACGAGAUCUCGUACCCGCUCAAGCCCUUCCUGGUGGAGACCAACAAGGAGGUGUUCUGGGAGCGCUCCCUGCGGAUCAUUGACAAAAUGAGUGCCAAAAUGUUGCAGAUCAACUCCGACCCGCAUUUCUUCACCGAGGUCUUUCAAGACCUCAAGAACGAGGGUGGCUCGAGCGAUACGAACGGAAGAUGGAAUAAUAACCUGGACCGUUAAGUUUGGCUCGUGUCAAAGGGAGAGAGAAGCUCUCUGAUACCUCUCCACACCCUUCCUUCAAGGGUGAAAUGAAUGUAAGGCCCGACUGCUGAAGGUGUGAAGAGUGUUUCACUCUAUUGCUGGUUCAUUGGAAACGGACAGGAGGAUUUCGCCUCACCUCCAUGAGAGGGGGUUUACGUUAAUACAUGUGUAAAAUACAACCUUCAUGACCCAGUGAAUGUUACGAGCGCGGUCUGGUGUUUCUUCAUAGUUUACUUAAUGCAUGCUUAAAAAAUUCUACUCGUAUCAUCAUUGUGGUUUUUGAAGAAGAAGAAAAUAACGCUAUCUGGUGCCGAGCUACAAUGCGAGAUGUAAAUUAUUAGCUUGUGCAUCAGUGUUGGGGACUUAUUUUUCUAUUAGUUUCAGAAACGUUGUUGUCACCGACGCUAAGCUGUCCAGGGUGCUGGCCUGCAACAGACACUCUCCGCUUGUCUCCUGUGGCGCCUGAUGCUAUCUAUCUGAACGUUGAAUGUACUGUUUUACAACAAAACGAAUUCUCUACAGUCAUAUGUGCCAAUUGUCAUAGUAUAAAACGUAAUGUUUUAUAUUGUAUAUUUGAAAAUAUAUGAAUACAAAUAC